ACCCGUGGAUGACAUCGAAGCCUACCUGUCAUCCUUUGAGCGGGCAGCCGAAUCAUGCCAGUGGCCAAGAGGAGAGUGGAUGAGCCGCCUUAUGCCAGCUCUUGGAAAAGCCCAGCCACCCCAUAAUGGCUCGGAUGCCAGAAGUAGCAGGAAUGAGCACAGAAAGUCCAAAUCUUCCGGCCUGCGAGGGGAAUCAGGUGCCAAUGUAGAAAUGCAACGGCAGCGUUUCCGGCAGUUCCGUUACCAGGAUUCCGAAGGCCCCCGGGAGGCUUGUCGGAGGCUCCGGGAACUUUGCCGACGUUGGCUGAAGCCGGAGAGCCGCACAAAGGAGCAGAUUCUGGAACUGCUGAUCCUGGAGCAGUUCCUGACCAUCUUGCCCCAAGAGAUCCAGAACUGGGUGUGGGAACGAGGCCCUGAGACCUGCGCCCAAGCAGUGGCUUUAGUGGAAGGAUACCAGAUGGGACGGCGAGAGGCAGGGAUGUGGGAGCAGCAGGUUACAGUGCGGGUCAAGGUUGAACAGGUAAGCCCACAGGAAAUGAUUUUACCUGGAGCACCGUGGGAUCCUUCAGCCUCGCUGCUUCCCCAUCCUGAGUACCUAUCCUCAUCCGAUCUAACACUAAACCAGCCUGUCCCAGGCCCAGCUCUCAAGAUGCCCUGCAUCCCAAAACAGGAACCACAGGGCCUUCAGGAAACAGCACAGGAAGACAUAAUCUGGAUGGAACUUGGUGGAAGUUUGGAAGGAGUAAGACAAGGCUCCCUACUGGCCAAUGGAAACCGAGAGGAGCACUCUUUGCCCGGAGGCACGAUGGAAAUGGGAUUGCUACCUGGCAAUUCCCGGGAGAAAGUGUUGGGUGAGAAUUGUGGUGAACGGAUGGGUCAACAAUUUGAAGUGAGAUGUGGAGACACAAGAGAGAAUCCAGUUGCACACCCCAACUCUUUUGGACGCUCUCACCCAGCGGGAAAGUCCCUUCACCAGUGUUCACAGUGCGGGAAAACAUUUAGCCGUAACUCACAUCUGCUCACCCACCUAAGGAUCCAUACUGGGGAGAAGCCCCACCAGUG